AUACAUAGUGCUUAGUUCCUUUUUCAUAAUCACUACUAAUAUUUGCUAUUGUUACGUUCAACUGACCCUGGAGCUGUAAUGUAAACAACACUCCGAUAAGAGCACUGUUAGUAUUGUGUGAUAUUUUGUGAAUAGAUUAAAAGUGAGCAGGACAGUAAAGCAGUGCCAAGUUUAGUUCCUGAUUGUGUAAUUUGAUUACAGACCACGUGCCUCUCUUCCUCUAUAACUGUGAGUUGUUUGCAGUCCGACUCACACUUCAGGAGAAACCUGACAAACUCCUACUUCAGUCAAGAUGUUUGUGGGCUGUUGGCUGGCUCUGGUGGCUUUAAUCCCCAUGACCUUGGGCAUCAACCCUGGGGUAAAGGUCAAGCUAUCGUCAAAAGGCAUUGAAUAUGGCAGACAACUGGGGAUGGCUUUGAUCCAAAAGAAACUCAAAGCCAUCAAAAUCCCAGAUUUUUCAGGGAAACAGAAGGUGAAACCCAUCGGCAGUGUCCGGUACAGCCUGACAAAUUUGAAAAUUGUUGAUGUGGGCUUGCCACAGUCUGCGGUGGUUCUGGUGCCAGGGACUGGUGUCAGACUGUCUAUAGGCAACGCCUUCCUCCGUCUGCAUGGAAACUGGAGGGUCAAGUACCUCCGAAUAAUAAAGGACAGUGGCUCCUUUGAUUUGAAUGUCAAAGAUCUCACAAUCACUACAAGUAUUGACAUCAAGAGUGACGAGACAGGCCGACCUACGGUCAACAGUGUGAACUGUGUGGCUAUUGUCGGCAGUGUGAGCAUCAAAUUCCACGGUGGAGCCAGCUGGCUGUACAAUCUCUUCACAAAGUUCAUUGAUAAGGCUUUACGAAAAACACUGCAGAAUCAGAUCUGCCCUCUGGUGGCCAAUGCAGUGUCUGAUCUGAACUCUCAGUUGAAAACCCUCAACGUUGUAGCCGAGGUGGACCAGUAUGCAGAGAUUGAAUAUUCCAUGAUGUCAUCUCCCACAGUGUCAAACUCCUCGAUAGAUUUUAGCUUGAAGGGUGAAUUUUACAACAAAGGGAAGCAUCAGGAGCCUCCGUUCUCCGCAGCAGCCUUUUCCCUGCCGCCCCAGAUCAACAACAUGUUGUACAUCGGCCUGUCUGCCUUUACCGCCAACUCUGCAGCCUUCGUCUACAACACAGCUGGAGCCCUCAGCCUGUACAUCACAGACGACAUGAUCCCACAAGGCUCUCCCAUCCGACUCAACACCAGAACGUUUGGAACGUUCAUCCCGCAGAUUGCCAAGCGUUUCCCGGGUCUGAUGAUGAAACUGUUGGUAAAGACGGUGAAAAAUCCCGUCGUCACUUUUGAACCCGACAACGUGACAGUUCAGGCCACUGCUACAGUGACGGCCUACGCUAUCCAACCCAACACCACACUUUCCCCUCUCUUUGUCCUAAACUUGGACAGCAGUGUUAGCGCCAAAGUGUUAGUCAGUGGAUUGAGGGUGACUGGAGCCAUCUCCCUAAACAAAAUGGCUCUGACCCUGGGGACAAGUUAUGUGGGAGACUUUCAGGUCGGAUCCCUCGACAGCUUCUUCCAAAUUGUCUUCAAAGGGGUUGUGAUACCUCAACUGAACGUUCAACUUGCAAAGGGAUACCCACUUCCUACACUUGGAAAGAUGACGCUCGUGAACACUCAGCUGCACGUCCUGAAGGACUACAUGCUGAUUGGGACUGAUCUUCAGUUUACGGCUUGAACGGCAUUUCUGGAAACUCCCAGGAUUCAUUUCUGCAGAGAAAAGAAAAAACUGAAUGAAGUAGAAAUAUCACUUCUCCUACGAGCCUGAGAAUUUUGAUUUCACCUCAGGUUUUUUAAUCAUAUUCCAGACCUUUAUACUCCGUUUGUCUUUCUGUUAAAUGUGAACUCAGAGCAGCUUUUCCACAUAUAAAAUGUAGAUGGCAGUGAACCUUUCCAACAGGGUCACUGAUAUCGUGUCACCGCAGGACAGUUUGCAGGACAGGGCUCACUAUUGUCACCACGAUCACCAUCUUUGAAAUAACAAGCUGCUGACUUAAAUAAUAUUUCUCAAAGUUUCAGACUUUGUAGCUCACAGAGCGAUUCUACAAAUGUGCUGAUGCAUGGAAAACUCAUAUUGGAAAAACUCAACAGCAAAGUCUCUUUCCAGAAAUCAUGACCCGGUUAUUAUAGAUAAUCCACAGCAGUGAGCAGUUUCAUGUCGGAAGUAUUUUCUUUCGAACGACACACGCCAAGCGUAUCAUUGCGCAGAAGGAUGUGUGCAUCCACUCACAGACGAGAGGCUCAUGCUCACUCAUUGGCGGGUGUAGUUCAGUAAAGAAAAUAGUUCCUACAUCAAACUGAUCACAACAAAGUCUGUGGAUUAUUUUAAGUAAUUAGGUCAUGAUUUCUGGAAGGAGACUUUACUGUUGAGUUUCUUAAAUGUAUUUUUGUUGGCGCUUUGAGCACCACAACCUGCCAUCUAGUUCCAUUACAUUGGAGCGAAGACCGUUCAAGCAGUUCAAUAUGUUCAUACAUAUUCUUAGUUCUGACUGUAUUAAUAACAUAUUGCAGUUUUCAUAGCUCAUCACAGCAGUCCCAUGUGACUGGAAUAUGAUCACAAGUCCAGUAAAAACAGCUUCCAUGUGUCUUUAAACAAUAACAGUUUGUUUCCUGUGUUGUCACCUGUGUCCAUCAAGGGUAUGUUUAAAUCAUGGUUGUGUCUGA